GCACUGGGGACGAGAAUGGAGCCCAAUGCUACUCGAGCGACUGGGAGCCUCGUGAAUAGUGAGGGAGGAAGCAUGGCGGGUUUUCUGAGGAAAACUUCAGCAAUUCUGCCCCUUUUUUAUAAUUUAUCCUCAAAAAGAGCAGCGAUAUGCAUCACCAACUUUGAGAGUAAGCGGUUUCUACACGUGACAAGGCAGCUUUUAGCAGAGAGGAAAUAUACAAAAAAGCAUGAGUGGAUAAGUGUGGAGAAUGGAAUUGGUACAGUAGGAGUUACAGAUUAUGCUCAGAGUAAAUUAGGAGAUAUUGUAUAUGUUCAGCUUCCUGAUGUGGGCGAGACAGUGACAGAAGGAGUGGAAUUUGGCGCUUUGGAAAGCGUGAAGGCUGCAGCGGAUAUCUACUCCCCAGUCUCAGGGGAAAUUAGUGAAAUUAACAGCAACUUAGAAAAUGAACCAGACUUAGUGAAUAAGUCUCCCUAUGACGAAGGUUGGCUAGUUAAGAUUCAACUCAGUGAGCCAGACAAGCUGCCAGAUGACCUCUUGUCUGAAGAGGAAUACCAUCAGUUACCUGAACUCGUGGAAGACGAUCACUGAAUUUAAACACAAAUAACAAUAUUAUUAUACUAGUCCAAUGACUUAAAUAGUUUAAACAAUUUUUUUAUUAUUAGUCUAACUGUGUAUAACCUUAUGAAAAGUUUGGUGGGAGUUACAACACCGGUGUGCAAAAUGAAUUUUAUGAUGCAUUGCAUGUGUGAACACUUUGUGAUGUCACUUGAAACAUUACAUGUAUACAUUUUACACAAUCCAGUACCACACUGCCAUACAUGUGCGUUAGUCUAAUUAUAGUGAGGAAUCAACAAGAUUAACUCUAUAUUUAUUUAUAAUGUGCAGCUCCAGAAAAUAUCCGUACUCCCCUCACAGAAGGGAUUGGAAUUUCCUAGGGUGGGGGGAUGGUUCUGUGUGAUAAAGUUCUAAAUGUAUGAAGCUGAAUUGGAAGUUCCAGAGGAGUGUAGGGGUCUUAGGAAAAUCCCUUCCGUGGGGGAGGUAUGGAUAUAUUUUGAUACUACACAUUAUUUGCAUAUGGGAAAAAUACAUAAUUUUGUUAUACAAUGGAAAAAGGGGAAUUCUAUUGGGGAAGUUUUAUACAUGUAGUAGCUUUUUUAAAUGUUAAGUUUUUUCCUUUUUCUUGUCAAUGAAUCUUGACGUAUCCAUUCAUAGCUCUAGUAGUCAUCUUAUUGUCUGAGGGAGACUGAGGUUGGGAGAUUGAUGUCUCAAGAACAAUGUACACAAGACACAAAACUGUGGGCACAUAGUGUUACCACCUUCAACUGAACAAAACGUUGUGACUAAAAAUCUACAUCACUGAAUGAGUACCUCAGUCAGUUGUUGGAAUGCCUUGUUGUAGUUGUUCACUGCAUGGUUGCUGUUUGGCCGUUAGUGAUUCAUGUUAAAGGAAGAAGUGUUGUUGUUAUUAUUUCUCUGAAGAGUGAAAAAUGACAUAAUUUUUUGUUAGUGAAUUUAUCGUACAUGGAUCUGAAAUCAAUCCCAAAUUUAAUAGCAUUGGCGACUUUAUUCUUGUGAGUUUAAGAGUAGUAAUAAUCCAUUGCUCCUUACAAUACAAUAAUCUGCAGUAAAACAAUUAUUUUACAUUUGUUAUUGUUAUGCAACAGUCUUCCUUUGUUGAUGAUUUGAUUCCAUCUAUGAGUUCUGUUUCAAAAGAUGUUCAUUGUUCUUUUGGUAUUCAGUGAUAGAAAAAAACUGUUGGCAUCUGUUGAUGGUUAAUAAAGGCAAUAUUUUCAAGUCUAUUA